AUGAGAUUUUAUUUUCAAGAUAAAGCUGCUGGGAACUUUGCGACAAAAUGCAUCCGUGUCUCUAGUACUGCCACCACCCAAGACGUGAUCGAGACACUGGCGGAGAAGUUUCGGCCUGACAUGCGGAUGCUGUCGUCUCCCAAGUACUCUCUGUACGAAGUGCACGUGAGCGGAGAAGAAAGAAGAUUGGACAUAGACGAGAAGCCUCUCGUGGUGCAGCUGAACUGGAACAGAGACGACCGGGAAGGCCGAUUUGUCCUCAAGAAUGAGAACGACACUGUCGCUCCGAAGAAGGCUCAGAGUAAUGGACCUGAGAAGCCAGAAAAAGAAGGCGUAAUCCAGAACUUUAAGAGAACUCUCUCCAAGAAAGAGAAGAAAGAAAAGAAGAAGCGAGAGAAAGAGGCCCUGAGACAGGCCUCUGAUAAAGAUGACAGGCCUUUACCGUCGGAUGACAUUGAGAAUUCUCGCCUCGCUGCCGAGGUUUACAAAGACAUGCCCGAGACCAGCUUCACACGAACCAUCUCCAACCCCGAGGUGGUCAUGAAAAGGCGCAGGCAGCAGAAGCUGGAGAAGAGGAUGCAGGAGUUCCGGAGCUCAGACGGACGGCCUGACUCAGGUGGAACACUGAGAAUUUAUGCAGAUAGUUUAAAGCCAAAUAUUCCCUACAAGACAAUCCUGCUGUCGACCACCGAUUCUGCAGACUUUGCCGUGGCUGAGGCGUUGGAGAAGUACGGCUUGGAGAAGGAGUCGCCUCGGGAUUACUGCAUCGCCCGGGUGAUGCUUCCUCCUGGCUCCCAGCAUUCUGAAGAAAAAGGUGCGAAAGAGGUGAUCCUCGAGGAUGACGAAUGUCCCCUCCAGAUCUUCCGCGAGUGGCCCAGCGACAAGGGCCUUUUAGUCUUCCAGCUGAAGAGACGGCCUGCAGACCACAUCCCAAAGCGAACAAAGCGACAGCCAGACGGGAAGACGCUCAAGGGGAAGGAGAGGCCUGACGCCUCGGCCUACGGCUCCUCUCUGCCCCCCGAGAAGCUGCCCUACUUGGUGGAACUGAGCCCAGGGAGAAGGAGUCACUUUGCCUGCUACAGCUACCACCCUCACGAAGAUGGUUCCGACUCGAGAGAUAAGCCAAAGCUGUACCGCCUGCAGCUGAGUGUCACAGAGGUGGGGACAGAGAAGUUUGAUGACAACUCCAUCCAGCUGUUUGGCCCAGGAAUCCAGCCCCAUCACUGUGACCUCACCAACAUGGACGGCGUUGUGACCGUCACGCCGAGGAGCAUGGACGCCGAGACUUAUGUGGAGGGCCAGCGGAUCUCAGAGACCACCAUGCUGCAGACAGGCAUGAAGGUCCAGUUUGGCUCGCUGCAUGUGUUCAAGUUCGUGGACCCCAGCCAGGAUCACAUGCUGGCCAAGCGGUCUGUGGAUGGGGGCCUGGUGGUCAAGGGCCCCCGACACCCAGCAGGAGUUGUUCAGGAGACCACUUUUGAUUUGGAAGGCGAUAUUCACAGUGGAUCAGCAUUGCCAACAAGCAAGAGUACCUCCAGGCUGGACGGUGAGCGAGGCCCCUCCGGCUCCGGCACGGCUGAACGCGGCAUGGUGAAGCCCAUGGUCAGGCUGGAGCAGCAUGGCCACCACCGGCCGGAGAGCAGGAGCCAAGACGCUGUGGGCCCAGAGCCCAUCCUGCCUGCGAGCAUUGAGUUCCGGGAGAGUGCCGAGGACUCGUUCUUGUCUGCCGUCAUAAACUACACUAACAGCUCCACGGUGCACUUUAAGCUGUCCCCCACGUACGUACUCUACAUGGCCUGUCGGCACGUCUUGUCGAGCCAGUACAGACCUGACCUCAGCCCUGCAGAGCGCACCCACAAGGUCAUCGCCAUCGUCAACAGGAUGGUGAGCAUGAUGGAAGGCGUCAUCCAGAAACAGAAGAACAUCGCGGGCGCCCUGGCCUUCUGGAUGGCAAACGCGUCCGAGCUGCUCAACUUCGUGAAGCAGGACCGCGACCUCAGCCGCAUCACGCUGGACGCGCAGGACGUGUUGGCGCACCUGGUCCAGAUGGCCUUCAAGCACUUGGUCCACUGUCUGCAGUCAGAACUGAAUAAUUACAUGCCGGCCUUUCUGGAUGACCCUGAGGAGAACAGCCUGCAGAGACCCAAAAUAGACGACGUCCUGCACACGCUGACCGGCGCCAUGUCCCUGCUGCGGCGUUGCCGCGUCAACGCCGCGCUCACCAUCCAGCUCUUCUCGCAGCUCUUCCACUUCAUCAACAUGUGGCUCUUCAACAGACUGGUCACCGACCCUGACUCUGGCCUCUGCUCCCAUUACUGGGGCGCCAUCAUCCGCCAGCAGCUGGGCCACAUCGAGGCCUGGGCGGAGAAGCAGGGGCUGGAGCUGGCGGCCGACUGCCACCUCAGCAGGAUCGUGCAGGCAACCACUUUGCUCACCAUGGACAAGUACGCACCUGAGGACAUCCCAAAUAUCAACAGCACCUGCUUCAAGUUAAACUCACUGCAACUACAAGCCUUACUGCAGAACUACCACUGCGCACCAGACGAGCCUUACGUCCCCACGGACCUUAUAGAAAACGUAGUGGCCGUGGCUGAGAACACUGCUGACGAGUUAGCACGCAGCGACGGGCGGGAGGUCCAGCUGGAGGAGGACCCUGACCUGCAGCUGCCUUUCCUCCUGCCAGAAGACGGCUACUCCUGUGACGUGGUCAGGAACGUUCCCAACGGUUUACAGGAGUUCCUGGACCCUCUGUGCCAGCGAGGAUUUUGCAGGUUAAUCCCUCACGUGCGCUCUCCUGGGACGUGGACCAUCUAUUUUGAAGGGGCAGACUAUGAAAGUCACCUCCUGCGUGAGAACAUGGAGCUGGCCCAGCCUCUGCGGAAGGAGCCAGAGGUCAUCACCGUGACCCUCAAGAAGCAGAAUGGGAUGGGCCUCAGCAUCGUGGCAGCAAAGGGAGCUGGCCAGGAUAAGCUUGGAAUCUACGUCAAGUCCGUCGUCAGAGGAGGCGCUGCCGAUGUGGACGGACGGCUGGCUGCAGGCGACCAGCUGCUCAGCGUGGACGGACGCAGUCUGGUGGGGCUGUCUCAGGAAAGGGCAGCAGAGCUGAUGACCAGAACUAGCUCCGUGGUGACACUGGAAGUGGCCAAGCAGGGAGCCAUCUACCACGGCCUGGCCACGCUGCUCAACCAGCCCUCCCCGAUGAUGCAGAGACUGUCAGAUCGCCGAGGCUCGGGGAAGCCGCGACCCAAGAGUGAAGGCUUCGAGCUCUACAACAACACGGCUCAGAACGGGUCUCCCGAGAGCCCCCCACUGCCUUGGGCUGAAUACAGUGAGCCCAAGAAGCUGCCUGGGGACGACAGGCUGAUGAAGAACCGUGCUGACCACCGCUCCAGCCCCAACGUGGCCAACCAGCCUCCUAGUCCUGGUGGGAAACAUGCGUACACCUCUGGAGCUACAGCCAAGAUCACAUCUGUUUCUACUGGAAACCUCUGUACUGAGGAGCAGAGCCCGCCGCCCAGGCCCGAAGCCUACCCCAUCCCCACCCAGACGUACCCCCGGGAGUACUUCACCUUCCCCGCCUCCAAGUCCCAGGACCGGAUGGUGCCCCCGCAGAGCCAGUGGUCCAGCUAUGAGGAUAAGCCCCACGUGCACGCAGACAGCAACCACUCCAGCCUCGCCCUUCAGCGUGCGACCCGCUCCCAGGAGGAGCUGCGUGACGAGCAGACCUUCUCCCUUGAGCGGCACCACCUGGCGGCCACCCUGGAGCGCAAGGCCGACAGCGACAUGUGGAUGAACCAGGCCUCCUCCGUGGAGUCCAGCGCCUCCAGCCAAGAGCAGCUGAACCACUCCUCCAAGUCCACCACGCCCGCGUCCACGCUCACGAAGAGCGGCCCUGGCCGCUGGAAGACGCCGGCCUCCCAGCCGACCCCGGUGGCUGUCUCCCAGCCCAUCCGCACAGACCUGCCCCCGCCACCACCCCCACCCCCCGUGCACUAUGCCAGCGACUUGGACGGGCUGCCGGUGGACCUGCCCCUGCCGCCGCCCCCCUCGGUGGGCACCCCGGCUGCCCAGGCGGCCGCGGAGCGCAGGAAGCGAGAGGAACAGCAGCGCUGGUACGAGAAGGAGAAGGCCCGGCUGGAGGAGGAGCGGGAGCGCAAGCGGCGGGAACAGGAGCGCAAGCUGGGCCAGAUGCGCUCGCAGGCCCUCAACCCCGCGCCCUUCUCCCCGGGCAAGGCCGAGAAGGGCAAGGCCGACAAGCCCCCGACGCUGCCGCGGCCGCAGGACACCGUCAUCCGCGAGCUGCAGCCCCAACAGCAGCCUCGCACCAUCGAGAGGCGCGACCUGCAGUACAUCACCAUCAGCAAGGAGGAGCUGGCCUCGGGCGACAGCCUGUCCCCCGACCCCUGGAAGCGGGACGCCAAGGAGAAGCUGGAGAAGCAGCAGCAGAUGCACAUCGUGGACAUGCUGAGCCGCGAGAUCCAGGAGCUGCAGGCCAAGGCCGAGCGCAGCGCCGAGGAGAGCGACCGGCUGCGUAAGCUCAUGCUCGAGUGGCAGUUCCAGAAGCGGCUGCAGGAGUCCAAGCAGAAGGACGAGGACGAGGAGGAGGAGGAGGACGACGACAUGGACGCCCUGCUGGUCAUGCAGCGCCUGGAGGCCGAGAGGAGAGCCCGGGACGAGGACCGACGGAGGCAGCAGCAGCUGGAGGAGAUCCGGCAGCGGGAGGCGGAGGACCGUGUCCGACAGGAGGAGGACCGUGCACGCUGGGACGAGGAGCGGGGCCGGCGGGACGCUGAGGAAAAGAGGCGCCAGGAAGAAGGGUACUACAGCCGCCUGGAGGCCGAGCGCCGUCGCCAGCAUGAGGAGGCCGAGCGGAGGCUGCUGGGCGCCGAGGAGCCGGCCCUGAGCAGACCCCCGCCCCCUCGAGACUACCAGCCCGCUGGCCCGGGGCCUGUCCCCGGCGCCCCACCACCGCCGCCGCAGCGCAACACCUCCUACCUCAAAACGCAGGCCCUGUCUCCUGACUCGCUGUACACAGCCAAGUUCGUGGCCUACGAGGAGGAGGAGGAGGACGCCGGCUGUUCUCGAAAAGGGCCCAACUCACACACAGGACCAGCUGGAACCGCUGUGAGCACUCAGGCCUGUCGGGACCCGGGAGAGAAGUGGGCAAAAAGUCAAGACGCCGACGUGCCUGGGAGCACGGGAGCCCCCGAGAACCUGACGUUCCGAGAGCGCCAGCGCCUCUUCUCUCACGGCCAGGACGUGUCCAAUAAAGUGAAAGCCUCACGGAAGCUGAUGGAACUGGAAAACGAACUCAACACAAAAUAG